AUGAAGACCUUCAAGAGUUUGUUGGCAAUUUUGGCAAUCUCAGCGGUCUCCGUAGUUCUCCCAGUGCAAGGUGCCAACCACUGGACGCCAGCCCUCAAGAAGUCCCUGUCUGAGGCGCAGGAACAAUGUGCGACAUAUCUACGUCUGGACUCGGCCACGUUGGCGCGCUACAUCCGAGAGGGAUAUCCGUGUGAGGACCAGGUCCGGAAGCUCGUUCGCUGCAUCCUGCUGAACCUGAAUGUGUGGGACGACGAAACCGGUGUGAAAACACACGCAAUCGUCAACUUCUUCACGCCGAUCCAGUCGGACACCUGCUACCAGAGUCGAACGGACAACUGCCUUCGCGAAAACGUAGAUCCGCUGCCGAUAGUCCAGGUUGAGCAACGCGCCUACCAGGCGUUCCAGUGCUACUAUCGAUACUAUGGCAAUGUGGUAGAGGAGCCUCAGUACAUCCCAAACAGUCUGGAAACUCGGCGUGAAUUCUUCCGGGACGCCGUCACGAUCGCGAACAUUCCCAGACCAAUCGUGGAACAGUUCAGCAUCGGAAAGCUGAUCGACGAGGAGCACUUCAAGAACGUAUUGUACGUGCACUGUAUCCGGGCCGGAUACUACGAUCCCAAGUACGGAUUCAACCUGAAGCACGUUGCGACCGAGUUUAACGUCACCGACAUUCUGAGCGAAAAGGUGGAACAGUGCCAGCGGCAGGUUAGGGAGCAGUGCUACGAGGAACCCCAGCGGAUGUGGCAGACGUUCAAGCAGUGCCACGAUCAUCAGGAGGCUGGCUACCAAAUUGUGCAACUUGCUGCCAAGGAAUAUCUGGAGGAAACUAAACCACUUAUUGGGGAAGCUCGUGGAACGGGUUUUGUGGCGGGGUUUAAAAGCUCGCCAUUUCCGAAACUAAACUUCUGCUACAAUGGACAGUGCUAA